AAGACCGAAGCCAUUUUAUUAUUUUAACAGGAAUGGUGCAGGUGCACCUAAAAUCAUAACCAACGAGUGAUAAUAAUAACAAUAGGAGAAGUGGUCACGGCACAAUGGGACAGUGUGGGAUUACGUCGUCUAAAACCGUCCUGGUUUUCCUCAAUCUCAUAUUUUGGGCAGCUGCCGGGAUUUUGUGCUACAUUGGAGCCUAUGUGUUUAUCACAUAUGAUGACUAUGACCAUUUCUUUGAAGAUGUGUACACUUUGAUUCCUGCCAUUGUAAUCAUAGCUGUAGGGACUCUGCUGUUCAUCAUCGGCCUGAUUGGCUGCUGUGCAACUAUCCGUGAGAGCUCCUGUGGCUUGGCAACAUUUGCUGUGAUCCUUCUGCUGGUGUUUGUGACAGAGUGUGUGGUGGUUGUUCUCGGCUACAUUUACAGGGCAAAGGUAGAGGAUGAGGUGAAUCACUCCAUCCAGAAGGUUUACAAUGAGUACAGCGGCCCCAAUACUGACGCCCCCAGUCGGGCUAUUGACUAUGUGCAGAGGCAGCUUCACUGCUGUGGUAUUCACAACUACUCUGACUGGAGGAACACACUGUGGUUUAAAGAGUCUAAGAAUAACAGCGUCCCAGUGAGCUGUUGCCAGCCCAACAUUAGCAACUGCACCGGCACUCUGAGCCGGCCAGGCGAUCUCUACCAAGAGGGCUGUGAAGCUCUUGUGGUGAAGAAACUGAAGGAGAUCAUGAUGUAUGUCAUAUGGGCGGCGUUAACUUUUGCAUCAAUACAGAUGCUGGGCAUGCUCUGUGCCUGUGUGGUGCUGUGCAGGAGGAGUCAUGAUCCAGCCUACGAGCUGCUGGUCACCACUAACAGCUAUGCUUAAAGGACACAGCCCAGCCAACACUGCUAUCAGUAAAACAAAACAACAACAAAGAGAAAAAAAAAAAA